CGGCAGUCGGCAGGUUGCGAUUGUUGUUCUCACAACGUUCUCAAGCCACUGUCAUACGCAACCAACAAGUUGCGUGAAUGUCAACAACCAGCAUGCUACCCCUGUUGGCCGACGUCUCUCCCACCAAGGCGGUGAUAGCUGCCUUUGCUGGCUGGCUGCUGUGGCUCGACUACAAGCGUGCCAGUAUCUCGCCCAAAGUGGAGCCUGUUGGUGCGACCUCUCUCCCUAUCCCCAUCAUUGGGUCGUGGAUCGCUGCCAUCCGCUUCCUCCGCGACCCCGUCAAGGCUGUUAGAGAAGGCACCAGGAAGACCAAGAAUGGCAUGUUCAAGAUCACGACCCACCAGGGCGAGUACGUCCUCGUGACCGACCGGGCCAAGGUCUCGGAAUACCUCCGGGCUCCAGAUGACGUCUUGAGCAUGCAAGAUGGUGCCAACGACCAACAACAAAUUCCCUUCACCAUGGGCUAUGGGGUUGGCCACCGGACGUACCACACGAGUGUCGUCAAGGGGCCUGUCACCAAGAAGAUUAACGAGAAGACGCCGGACAUGAUUGACGAGGCAAGUCUGGCCCUCGAUGAGCUCUUCGGGGCUCCGGAAGAGUACACCCCAUUCCCUCUCUACGACCACAUGGCAAUGGUGGUAGCGCGGAUCGCCAACCGAAUCUACGUGGGGACCCGGUUUUGCCGUAACGAGAGAUAUCUGCGCGCGGCUAUCGACUACGCUCAGUACGUCGUCAUCUCGGCCGAACUGAUACGUGUGUUGCCGGAUUGGCUCAAGAGAAUCGUCGUGCCUUAUAUGCCGUGCACAACGUACCGUAAGAUGGCAGAGGUGUAUCUGGCAGACUUCAUUCGGGAACGACUGGAGGAGCGCGGAGAUGAGAGCGACGACAAGCCCGACGACCUGCUGCAAUGGUUGGUUGACGCUGCCCCCCCGAUCGAGAAGACAGUGCCCCAGCUGUCGGAGAGACUCAUGGCCCUCAACGUGGGCUCAAUUCACACCAGAGUCAUGACUUUCACUGGCGCGCCGUACAUCCUGGCCGAGAAUUCAGAGAAGUACACCGCCAUGCUGCGAGAGGAGGUCGAGGCGAGCCUGGUGGACGGCAGAAUCGCUGUCGAGUCGCUCAACAAGCUGCCCAAGAUGGACAGCUUCCUCAGGGAAUCCGCGCGGUGUAGCAAUCUCGGAAUGCUGAACUCCCCGACUGUGGCCAUGCAGCGAAACGCACGACAGCAGUUCACAUUCUCCGACGGCACCGUCAUCCCCAAGGGUGCCAAGGUCGGCUCGCCGACGCUCAUCACACAUUACGACCCAGAGGUGUACGCGAAUCCAGAAGUCUUUGACCCGUUGCGCUGGUACAACGAGGCCCGCGAACACGGUACCGCGCAGAAGACAAUCCUGACUACGGGGCCCAACUUCAACGUCUUUGGUGCCGGCCGUCACCCGUGCCCCGGCAGGUUCCUCGCGACGCACGAGAUGAAGAUAAUCCUUUCCAUGCUUCUGCUGCGCUACGACUUCAAAUUCGCCGACGGCGUCAAGGCCAAGCCGCUCUACAUUGCCACCAUGUCGCUUCCGGACACCAUGGUCAACGUCCUAUUUCGGCGCCGCCAGGUAUGAGUCAGGUG